GAUAGAAAGAAAUACAAUGCUGGAAAUGUGCUUUCAUAGGAAAAGAGAUGGGCUCUAAGGAGAGAGGGCUGGGGGUCCAUGUCCUCUAGUGAUGGUUCUCUGGGCCACAUUGCUAGUCCUGCAUGGAGCCACGAUUGCUGGAUCGAUGCCGGCGGGUGGCACCCCAGAGAACAUUACCAUCAUGUUCCUGAGUCCCUCAGAGGUAAAAGUCUCCUGGACUACAGCCGUCGAGCCGGCCGAAAAGUAUGACGUUACUUAUAAACCCACCGAUGCCAGGGUGGUCAUGGUUGUGGCGGGCAACUCAGAUUCUGUGACGCUGAGUAGUCUCAAGCCGAAUACACAGUACCAAGUGACUGUGACAGCUGUAAGAGGGGGCAGAAAGUUCAAAAGUAGGCCAGUUGUCUUCAGAACUCAAGAAAUGCCCAAGAUACCUCAAGAAACAACUGUUCAAAUAACUGGUGGUCCGCCAUCAAAAAUACUUCUAAGCCCAGGCAUACCUCCACCACCAGGAAUGUCUCCACCAUACAUACAGGUGAGAGGGGUUGAGGUGGGUAUAGUCUGCUUAGUGCUUCUGGUAUGGGUAGGAGCAAUAAUUCUCUUCUUCAACCGCUGGGGCAAGAUAAGAAUGCUCCUUCCAUACCAGCCAGAUUAUAAAGAUACUCAACUCAAAGUGCCAGGUACAUGUCAACAAGGCACAUCUUGCCAAGCAACUGGAUCUUCUGGUCUCUGUUGUGCUCAGAGAUGGAGAGAUGGGCGAGAAGACUGGGGCGGAAGGAGGCUUUUGAUGUCACGUGCUCGAAUCAACUCGGCGGUCUAUAUUGGUGUCGAGGCUGAGCCACUGUUUCCUUGUGGUGGCAGAAGAACCAGAAGUGCUGACCAGCUAGUACUUCCUCUUCUUUCGGUGUCUUCUGUACCACCUGAAGAGAAACCAACGGAGCAACAUCUUUGAAAAAGACUAAAUAUUAAUAUUUGUUUACCUUACUUUUAUACUUUGAGCCUGAAAAAUAUUCACUUUUAACUAAAGAUAAGUAUAAUAUAAAUAUUUAGCGUAUCAGCAGAAAGAAAAUGGAGAUAUUUCUACUUUUAUUUAUUAUUUAUUGUAUGAAUUAACAAUAAACUACACUUUGAGAUCAGUGGAUCAGAUGGUUAUACUAGAGGACAUGAUGUUGACAAAAUUACUACUCUAAUAUUGAAGUUUGAAAUUAUUGUAAUGUCUAGGAAAUUCGGAAUUUGUUAAGGAGAAGAAAUACUUAUGAUCAGCUUGUAAAGUUUAGGAUUAUAUUUAAGUAAUACAAUUGCUAGGCUUGAAUGUUGUUCUUUUUUUAUUUAUUCAUUUUUUAUUCAAUUUUUAGUGUGAUAAUUUAUAAUGUGUGCAAUUUAUAUUUUACAUAUUUUCAUAAUUUGACUACUUUCAUCCAAAUCAGCACAAAACAUUGAUUAAUGCAUAAAAUUAUUUAAAAUAAAAUAUGCUCAUUGCUUCUCCUUCAUUUAUUAAAUUAUUAUUUAUCAUAAAUAAUACUGAAGUCAUUAAUAUUUUCAGAUGCAAAAAUAAGGCAAUAUCAAAUCAUUUGG